GCUCCUCCUCCAGCUUCCAUUUUCCACCAUGUCUUCUUCUUCAACUCUUGCCUCUUCUCUCUUGUUCCUAUCCUUCGCUCUCCUCUUCCGAACUCUCCUCGGCGCCGACUCCCUCUUCCACUACUGUCCGUCGUCCUCGGACAACUUCACCGCCAAUGGAGCUUAUGAAACCAACUUGAACGCCCUAUUGGGUGCGCUCUACUACAAAGCUCCCCCCACGGGCUUCGGUCUGGACUACAUCGGCUCGAGCCCAGACCACGUAAACGGGCUUGCGCUCUGCCGCGGAGACGUCCCAUCCGCCGACUGCAAGUCUUGCGUUGCAUUGGCGAGCGGGGAGCUCCGCAGGCUCUGCCCGUACAACAAGAGGUCGUCCAUUUGGUACGAUAACUGUUUCGUGAGGUACUCGAACGAGGACUUCUUCGGGAAGAUCGAUAACGAGAUUAGGGUUUUCAUGUGGAACACACAGAAUGUGAGUUAUCCUACGUACUUCAACCAGAAGACUAGGGAGUUGCUGGGCCAGCUUUCGGAGGAGGCUUCCGUCGCGCCGAGAAUGUUCGCGACCGGAGAAUCGGAGCUCGACGGAUCGCAAAAGCUUUACGGGUUGGUUCAGUGCACCAGAGAUCUUUCCAUUGAAGCUUGCAAGCAGUGUUUGGAUGGUGCAGUUGGUGAGCUGCCAAACUGCUGCGACGGGAAACAGGGAGGAAGGGUCCUGGGAGGAAGCUGCAGCAUAAGAUAUGAGGUUUAUCCCUUUUACAACAAUGCCUAAAACUUAAUUAAGGGUUUAAGGCAUAAAUUAUAUUACUAUAGAGAAAUUAUAGAAUGUGUUUGUCUCAUCAUUUAUUCACGUGCCUCUUAUUCAAAUGUGAGACAGUAUUAUUUGGAUCCUAUUUAUGAUACGUAUUAUGCUAAAAGAUAUAGGAUCCAUAUUAAAAGGUGUUUUACAAUUGUACGAGAGAUGCACGAAUACUAGAAGGAUCAAACUACUUUCUAUAUUUCUCAUUUAUGGAGUUUGUAUUAAUAUUUUCUUAUUCUUUUCAAAUUAGAGGGAUUGAAGUGCUCUAAGGUUUUCUUAGGGUUGAUACAAUCAUUGAUUAUCUUAAAUAAAAAAUGAAGUGCACAACUAUUGAUAGAAUCAUUGAUUCAUUUUAUAAUGAAGUGUGGUUUACUUUUUAUUUCUUAUUGUAUACAUGCCUUGUGAGGAACAAUUCCUCUUGUAUCUUAUCCACAUCACUAAAUAAAAUAUAUUUUUCUU